AUGCCUGGAGCCAUGAGGAUCUUUUUCUUAAUUUUUGUUGCCCUCAUUCUUCUUGCUCAAAUUUUCUCAGGCAAGGGGGAAAUCCUUUUAGAUAGUUACACUCUGUGUCUCCAGGAGAUUUGCCAGAGGCUAAGUUGCCAAAGGCAACUACGUUGUCUGAAAUUGGAUGGUCGCUGUGAAGUCGAAUGCCCUUCCUUUGAAGUUAAGAUUGGGGACUGCAGAGCUGAAUUGACACCAUUUUGCUGCAAAAAGAGAAAGAAUCAUUAA